AUGACACGGUUUAACGGAUGCAUCGAUCUUCAUCAUGGAAAAGUCAAGCAGAUCGUAGGCGGUUCACUUGUUGAUCAUUCACCCGAAACAUUAACAACCAACUUUGUCUCAGAAGAAAAACCUAGUUACUAUUCUAAGCUAUACAAGGACAAUAAUAUAACGCGUUGUCAUGUCAUCAAGCUUGGUCCCAACAACGAUGAAGCAGCCAAGGAAGCGCUACAAACUUGGCCAGGUGGACUUCAAGUUGGUGGUGGAAUCACUAUUGAUAAUGCUGAAUAUUGGUUAUCUCUUGGAGCAUCUAAAGUCAUUGUCACCAGUUGGUUGUUUCCCAAUGGAAAAUUCUCGUUGGAUAGAUUAAAGCAACUCUGCGAGCGUAUUGGUAAAGACAAGCUUGUUGUAGAUGUUAGUUGCCGAAGAAAAGAUGACAAAUGGAUCGUGGCCAUGAACAAAUGGCAGACGAUGACAGAUAUGGAAGUAAACAAGGAAUCAUUGGAUGUAUUGAGUCAAUAUUGUAGUGAAUUCCUUAUCCAUGCUGCUGAUGUAGAAGGACUUUGUCGUGGCAUUGAUCAGGAAUUGGUUUCAAGUUUGGGUAAAUGGGUUACCAUUCCUACAACUUAUGCAGGAGGUGGAAGAUGUCUUGAAGAUUUAGCACUCGUAGAAAAGCUAUCCAAUGGUAAAGUAGAUUUAACCUUUGGAAGUGCCUUGGACAUCUUUGGUGGAAAUGGAGUUACAUUUGAAGAGUGCGUGCGUUGGAAUAAAGAACAUGCAUGA